CGGCCGGCGCUGCAGUCAGUCGCGCCGGGACCGCGGGCGGCGGCGCACCAGUACACGGGAGAGACCAGAGGGUCGUGAGCGCGGACCCGUCGACACGGACUGUAAGCAGGCGGUCAUGUUGCCUCAGGGCGAGGCAGCCGAGGUCACCGGCCGGAGGCACGGCGAGGACACGAUGGUGGACGAGCACAUCCUGCGAGUGAUCCGCAGCGCAGAGACCUCCUCCACUCCCUACACAGACGCCACGCAGACGAAGAAGCACCCGCUGAACCACAUCAAGCGCCCGAUGAACGCCUUCAUGGUCUGGUCACAGAUCGAGCGACGCAAGAUCAUCGAGGUCACCCCAGACAUGCACAACGCCGAGAUCUCCAAGGAGCUGGGCCGGCGCUGGAAGCUGCUCAGUGACGCGCAGCGCGCGCCCUUCCACGAGAUCUCCAAGAGACUCAAAGAGUACCACCAGCGCGAGUUUCCCGACUACAAGUACCGGCCGCGCAAGAAGACGCCCAAACCCGGCCAGGGUAAGACCACGGAGAGGACGAGGUCCCGUUCUCGCUCAGUGUGCGUCACCUCACCAGCGACGAAGGCGGCACCGGUCAGCAGCAGCUCGGUCCGGUCGCGGGCCGGCACUGGAGGCAUCCACAGGCUCAAACUGAAGCUGAACAUUGAUGGGAAGAUGGGCGGAGUCUCCACAGAACGGGUGAGGCAGCGACGGCACACCACAUCCUCAACUUCCGCAUCGGCGGCGAGGGUCGAAACGCAGGUGACGUCAACUUCGACACUGGUGUCAUCGGCAGCCGACAUGGAGACAUCGCAGGUUCUGGCGACAGCUGCUGGGACCAUGAGGGUUCACAUCCCAGAGCUCAGCGCAGAAAGCCUUCCAGAGCACAGUGCGGAGCACAGGCCGGGUGCUGGCUCCGUGCAGCGGUCGGAGUCCCGGGGACCCUUCCGGGGGACCCUGGAGGAGGCGCAGCCCUCUGCCAGUCGCUGUCCUCGCGCCAGCCCGACCACUGUGCCCUGCAGUCCCUCGACCGUGAUGCCCGACUCUCCCGAAUCGGCCGCUACCUACGAGGACGGUCCUCUGGCCACGCCUCUGGACCCGCCGGAGCCGCUGCUGACCGCCGUGAAGCCCGACCCUGACGGCUUGGAUGAGCUGCUGCAGUUGAAGGUGGCCGACCUGGUCUCCGAGCUCGAGAUGAUGCCGCUCGACUCGCUCACCUCCGAGCUGGAGCUGGACGCCCUGUCGGUGGCCAGCAGCUCCGGCUCGCACCUCGAGUUCCGCUACGACCGGGACGUGCUCUGCGCCCUCGGCGACCUGCAGGACCCCUGGGCCGACGAGCCGCCCUUCGCUGACCUUGUCGGAUGCUGAGCGUCCAUCGCAGAGCUGCGGGUGAGGGAGCUGACGGCUCGAGAGUUGGUUCGAACUGAGCGCGAUGUUAUGCUGGCGUCGGCUACUUGCAAUGGAUGGUUCGAGGUAUGUAAGUGAGUGACUGAGCUAACGUUUUGCUGUGGCGCUCUCUAAAACUCUGCGCUGUUGUGGCCGGUCGAGCGAUUCGUCUGUUUUACAUGGCGCCACAACCGCUAGCCCUUUGCUGCUGGCCAGACUCCGCUCCCAGAACGGCUAACCGCCUUGUCCCUAACGCCUCAGGGACAGCCGCACCUCUUCCGGCCACUGCUGCCUCUGCUGUCACUGUUGCUUCUCUACCAAUGCGCUCGUCGCAGUCGCUUGUCAAUUCCCUCAACUUUUAAGCAAUCACUCAUCCUACAUGCAGUACUCUUUUAGCAGCCUUUAACCUUAAAGUGAACCCAAAGCUCUGCAUAAUCAAUCAUUUUGUUGAUCUACUUUGCGCCACCCACCACCACCAUCUAAUUUGGUUGUGUCGGUGCUGUGUGAGCAAUCGGCCCUGUCGAUACGUUCUCUUCACUGAACAGUCUAACGACGCGCCCCGCCAAUAUCAGCCAUCAGUCCCAUGUUCGGCCCACAUGCGAGUCUCAGUUCGCCGAACACGGUCGCCACCAGCAGCCAAUCAAAAGUAAUCCAAUAAUUUGGCGGCCACCGCCGCCCCCACCGUCAGCUCCUACCUGCCGUGGCCUUGACGCAUGACCCGUGCCAUUACCGACAGAUAAUCACACCGUUUCCAUACUGUGGAUGUACAGUACAAAAGGUCGCCGGCGUCACUAGUUGAUCUCAGAUUGCACGCGUUCUGUGCCGUGCGCGCCGGGCAGGGCCGCCUCGGGAUGCACCUACAGGCUAACUGAUACUUGGAUCGCUGCGAUGUUACUGAUAUGAUUGAUAGUGGUUACAAGACGGACAUGCUCUUAUGCCAUUGCCGCCGAUUUUUGCGAUGUCUGGCGUCAAUUCAGGAUGUUCUCUGUGCUUAUCUGAAGGGGAGCUUGGUUAUCCCGGUUGACGGCUUCUCCGUCCCGGGUGGGCUCGCGUUUGAACGACACUGGGGUGAUCUCCUAGCUCUCUGUGCUGUGCAGGGACAACUUUUGACCUCUGCUGGUCAAGGUCAAAGUCCGAGAGAGAGGGCGAGAGAGAUAGAUAGAUAGAGAGAGAGAGAGAGAGAGAGAGAGAGAGAGAGAGAGAGAGAGAGAGAGAGAGAGAGAGAGAGAGAGAGAGAGAGAGAGAGAGAGAGAGAGACCUGGUGGAAAUGUUUGACACAGUGAGACGCUAUUCGUUUGGAAGGCCCACAUUCGAUGUAUAUUUAUUGCAAUGUAGCUUCCCAGUGGUGUGCUUUGUUUUAUUGAUCAGUUCAGGGCUUUAUGACUUUGACGAAAUGUUUGUUGUAGAGUUAUGAUAUGUUUAUGAGUAUGUUUCGGUUUCUCAUAACCCAAGUGCAUUGCGGAGGACGAAAGUGUGUACUUACGCAGGUUAUAGCGACUCAUGCGGUGUUACGAAUCGCCCACACUCGUUCAGCUGCGUUCUAGAAAGCUGUAUGUGUGUGCAUAUGUGCAAAUGUGCUUAAUAUUGGUGGCCACGCAAUUCUGACCUAGCUCACCUGACACACAUACUGGCUAUGCGUCUCCUCGCUGAGCGGACCGGCGAGUUUUGACAGCGGGGCGGCCGGGUGAGCCGCGGCCCUCGACGGUAGUUUCAGCGGGGGCGGUCGUCCCCGCUCUCCUUUUCUCUCGGUGUUAGUACGUAGAGCCGGUUGCUCGGUGUGCGUGUGUGUCGGUAGAGGGAGCGGGCGAGCAGAGCCGCCUCCCAAGAGACUGCGCCUGGCAAUGGUACACAUUAUCGCGGCCCCGCGGGGGCGCCGCGCCGUGCCCGUGCCCUCCCCCGGGCACCGGUGAGUGAUUCCUCGUCUGUCCCACCGGCGGCCGUGAGCGCCCUGCAGCGCUCCCACCGGCACCGCCUCCGUUGACCUCUGUUGUUCUGUUAUUGUCCGUACUUACAGUUUAUAUUUGAGCUCUCCGGCGCCGAGCGAGUGUUUGUCGAAUAACGCGCAGCCAAUCGAAUGCUUGUUCAACGUGGCGAAUCUUCAGUUGUGCUGCGCUAAAGUGGAGCAAUAUUUUUCAUAAUAUAAAGCGAAAUGGAUGUGUAAGGCAGUCCCGCAACUACCUUGGGUAUACAUAGUCCUGUACAUUUUGUAUCGUAGUUUGUUUACAAAUAAUGAAAUGCAGAAAAAAAAAUGAAUAAAGCUCGAGUUUUCUGAA